UUGUUCGUCGCUCGUCGGUUGCGCAUAUUUAAACGUGUUGCAUAGUCUCUUGCCGGGUACUCGUCCACGCAGCGCAGCGCAGGCUAAAGUUCCUCGGUGUGAACAGGAUCUUUUGGGGAAACGAUGAGCAACCAUUUUUUGCGUCGGGUGCAUCUUCAACCUAUCGUUUAUCGCCGCUAUUUUGUUAAUAACAAAAUUGCUAUAAACAUGUGCGAAGCGGCUUCCCCGGCGGAUCAGCGUAAUGUGGAGGUGAAGGCACGGAUUCCUGGUGGAGCCGAAGGCUUCAAGGAGCGGUUGGUCCUUGCCAAAAAUCUUAGUGGGGGCCAGGAUGAGCUUUUAAUAAAGCAGCGUGAUGUCUUUUUUGAAUCUCCGCUGGGCGGACGACUCAAAUUGCGCUAUUUACAGGCUCCAGCUCGAUCCCAAUUGGUUUUCUACGAUCGUCCAGAUGUAGCGGGUCCAAAGCUCUCAAAGUUCAACAAAACCGAGGUGGACGAACCGGAGGUGCUAGAAAAGAUCUUGCGCCAGUCGAACGGAGUCCUUGGGGUUCUGGCAAAGCAGCGGCAUUUAUUCCUUUGCGGACAGACGCGUAUCCAUCUGGACGAGGUGCAGGAUUUGGGCCACUUUAUGGAGCUGGAGGUGUGCCUGCGACCGGAACAGACUCUUGAGGAGGGUCAAACUAUUGCCGAGAAGCUGUCUAAAGAGCUGGGAAUCCAGGAGGAAGACCUCAUGAGCGGCUCCUACUUCGAUGCCCUUAGAAAGGUCAAUCAAUAAUUUCCCUAAGAAAGCUUUCAUUGAAUAAUUGGACACCACACUGUAAAAUACAAGCCUAACCAACUCAUUUUCAUAUGUAUACAAAGAUCAACCUUUAUAAGGAAUGGCCCUUAAUAAAUACAAAAUAUAAGUUAAAA